AUGAACUGGGGGUACGGAAAUGCCAUACAUAAGCAGAUCUACAAGAAGCGGGGAGCAGAAACAGAAGGGGAAGUCUGCUACCUGCUACCCAGCUCUCCAGGUAAAACGGAGCCCCCAGUUCAGAGGAAAUGCCUGGCACAGGCAGCCAGUUUCCGAGCAUUUCCAAGCUGCCCGUUCACAGUUGCCUUCCGGUUUCAUCACAACGCACUGGAAUACCCAGAGGCUUCCCCAGGCGCUGCAGUCUCCGUGUCACUGCUUUUUAAGAUGUACAUCCCUUGUCCGCAUGUCAGUAAAGACACGCCUGCCCUCUUCGUGUUUAGUAAGGGAGAGCAGGGCCGGCAGGACUCACCCCUGCAGGGAGAGCAGGGCCGGCAGGACUCACCCCUGCAGGGAGAGCAGGGCCGGCAGGACUCACCCCUGCAGGGAGAGCAGGGCCGGCAGGACUCACCCCUGCAGGGAGAGCAGGGCCGGCAGGACUCACCCCUGCAGGGAGAGCAGGGCCGGCAGGACUCACCCCUGCAGGGAGAGCAGGGCCGGCAGGACUCACCCCUGCAGGGACACCAGGGCCGGCAGGACUCACCCCUGCAGGGAGAGCAGGGCCGGCAGGACUCACCCCUGCAGGGAGAGCAGGGCCGGCAGGACUCACCCCUGCAGGGAGAGCAGGGCCGGCAGGACUCACCCCUGCAGGGAGAGCAGGGCCGGCAGGACUCACCCCUGCAAGGAGAGCAGGGCCGGGAGCACCAGGGCCGGCAGGACUCACCCCUGCAGGGAGAGCAGGGCCGGCAGGACUCACCCCUGCAGGGAGAGCAGGGCCGGCAGGACUCACCCCUGCAGGGGGAGCAGGGCCGGCAGGACUCACCCCUGCAGGGAGAGCAGGGCCGGCAGGACUCACCCCUGCCGGGGGAGCAGGGCCGGCAGGACUCACCCCUGCAGGGAGAGCAGGGCCGGCAGGACUCACCCCUGCAGGGAGAGCAGGGCUGGCAGGACUCACCCCUGCAGGGGGAGCAGGGCCGGCAGGACUCACCCCUGCAGGGAGAGCAGGGCCGGAAGGACUCCCCCUGCAGGGAGCACCAGGGCCGGCAGGACUCACCCCUGCCGGGGGAGCAGGGCCGGCAGGACUCACCCCUGCCGGGGGAGCAGGACGGCACGUGA